UGACAAUGUCACAGUCGGCGAGAAGAUUCGGAAGCUGCCAUUUUGUGCACACAAGCGCAUUGCCACGUCGCCGAUUGGCAUGCCACUUGAUAGGCUCCAGUCCGUUCCCGAGCUGAUCAUUGCUGUUGCCGAUGCUAUGCGCGCCCACCGCGCCAUUGCCGAGCACUGCAAUAUAUUGCACCGUGAUAUCUCAGCAGGCAACUUUCUUUUCCGGCGUAUGAUGGAUGGCACUGUCAAGGGCAUGUUGAUUGAUUUUGACCAUGCGAUCAACUGCGAGAAUCUGGAUGCGAUGCCGAAAAACGAGCAUAUCGGCACACUGAAUUUCAUGAGCGUGAACAACCUCGAGGGCAACAGCAACAAGCGCACCGAGCUCGACGACUGGGAGGCGCUGAUUUAUGUCCUGGUGUGGCUUGGGACAUUUGGACUCAAUGGCACACCCAAACAUGACAGUGAUGCAAGUGAACACAGAAGGAUUGCAGGUGUUAAAAUCAAGUAUUGGGUUGACGCACAACAUUAAGGACAUUGCCAGAUACAAGCGCGGCGAUUUGGACAACAGUUCCAGUUUUAAAUCUAUCCUCAACGAGUUUGAUAGUAGGGUGGAUCAUACCAAUGUUCUUGCAGGGUUGUUGAGUAUGAUGCGCAAUAUUCUAAUCGACAAU